GUGCUCUGUUAGUUCGCUCCCUCUUUCAUUUAAACCCCUCACGGAUCUCUUCCACACCCUCUCUCUCUCUCUCUCUAACACCCUCUCUAGCUCUUUCUCUCUCUAGAGUUUCGCCAUGUCGAAGUCCACGGUAGAGCUCGAUUUCUUCGGUCUCGAGAGAAUGCGAGGCCUCUCCCAGCUGUCUCUCGGGAUUCAGAACGUGCUUUCGAGGAUGAAUACAGCUCGAUCGUCGGUUUUGACCGGGGCCGGAGCGAAGCGGCCUUUGACGCCGUCAGUUCCCAUGUUCGACCCCGCUUCGCCAACGGCGAUGAGCGGGAUUCCACGGGGAACGGCGCCGUUGACGAUUUUCUACAAUGGGGCGGUCAACGUUUUCCACGUGGGACAAGCUGAGGUGGAGGCCGUGAUUAGAGCGGCGGAGGAGGGGAAUGUGAAGGAAGGGAUGCUGGAUGAGCUUAAGGGAGAUUUGCCCAUGGCUCGAAAGAAAUCACUGCAGAGGUUCCUUGAGAAGCGCAAGGAAAGGCUGACUGCAACGGCGCCGUUCGAGCGCGACGGGGGCUUGAUGAGGAAGGGGAAAACGGAGUUUCAGAGCCUCUAGCAACCCUUAGACGCUCGUUAGUAUGAUACUAUGUCGACCGGGUUUGCUAAUUAUCCUACUUAGUACUUACUUAGGUGUCGCCUGUGGUCAUGGACUUUGGCAUUCUUUUUCUUUUUCUUCUCUUUUCCUUUUGGGCAAUUAUGAAUUGCUUGUGUGCGUAUAUGUUGGCAGUGUAACUGUUUCAGGUAUGCGCUUCUGAUUACUUUAUAUGUUCCAUUUUC